CACGUCAGUGCUCCAAAGAUUCAGCAAAACGUAUGCAGUCAUUAAAAACCGGUGUAGCUAAGUCCUGAAAAACGAAUUAAACCCACUCAGUGAAUAAAAAUAAACAAAAAUGUCGGACCUCAGGGACUGGAUAAACUCUCUACCGAUAUUCACACGCUACUGGCUACUCUCCACGAUCGGUCUGUCACUGAUUGGACGAUUUGGAAUAUUAUCACCGCACGUGUUGAUUCUGUUGUACGAUCGUUUCAUUCAUAACUUCGAAAUUUGGCGUGCCAUCACUAGUUUAUUGUUCUAUCCACUCAAUCAAGCCACUGGAUUUCACUUUAUGAUAAACUGCUAUUUUCUCUAUCGUUACUCACUCAAGUUAGAGACUGGAGAGUAUCAGGGGAGACCAGCUGAUUAUGGAUUCAUGCUGUUGUUCAAUUGGGUUUGUUGCGUUGUCAUUGGACUCAUUGGUAAUGUACCAUUGUUGAUGGAUCCCAUGGUACUCAGUGUACUAUAUGUGUGGUGUCAGCUCAAUCAGGAUGUCAUCGUCAAUUUUUGGUUUGGCACACAAUUCAAAGCAAUGUAUCUUCCCUGGGUUCUCGUGGGAUUCAACCUGAUAAUCUCAGGAGGUGGAAUGCUAGAGUUGAUCGGCAUCCUAGUUGGACACCUGUACUUCUUCCUCAAGUUCAAAUACCCUCAGGAGUACGAUGGUCCCGAGCUCUUGAAUACCCCUAAAAUGCUAGAGCACUACUUCCCACCGCAUCGAGUCAACAUCCAUGGGUUCAGCGCCAGUGCCCCUAGAUCAGGGGCACAGUCUGCACCUGGCAGAAAUAUGUUUGGGGGGUACCAAUGGGGGCAGGGCCAACCCCUGGGCCAAUAAAUCGACUGGUAGAUUUUUCUUUUUCAAUUUACGUUCGGUCAUAUUCUUCGGGAGGGAUGAGUGUAAUUUGUACGUUAUUUUUGCUCCAUGGGAAUAUGAGGAUUACAAUUGUAAAUAACUGAUAUAUCAUAAGUAAUCAUUAAUUUCAUUGCAUCAUAAAGUUUUUCUUUUUUCUUUAAAUUGUGAAGAGAGGUGCAUUGAAUGCUCUUGUUAUUGAGACAUCUAGCGAAUCGUUCACUGUUCGAACAGAUGAAAUUCAAGCAUAAUUUCAGUAAAGAAUUACGGGGAUAUUACUGAAUUGGUGGAAAAUACAUCGUUCUUUGAAGGGGUAUCUGGAAAACUGAAAGUCAACGGUGACUGAAUGGACCUGUUGACUUCUCAUAUAACAUGCAACAUUAAAAAAAAAGCGAAACAUGUAAAAGUCAAUCCAUUUUUCAUAGUGGCAUUUUGAAAAUGCUCCAUAGACCACAGUUUUCAUCGGAUUCAAACUUCUGUAGACUCCGGAUUUAUGACGAGAGUUAAAUGUUUAUAAUAGGAAAGUUGGAGGAUUAGGCUCUGAUUUUUUGUACAAGUGAUGGAAUGAUUUUAGGAAUUUUGGUAAGUUCAGAGAAAUGUUAGUGGGGAAUUUUGCAUUUUUUGUAUGAAUGAAUAUUUAGGCAGAGGCAUAGUGUAAACACAAUCAUUUGAAAUGCUCAAGUGUAACACUUCGGAGAAUGAAAUUGGGUAUCCACUUUUUCCAAUUUUGAAUGGAUGUUGAGAAAGCCAAGUCUUUCGGAUGCCCUCUUUGCCCUCGGUUUUUCAUAAUGUCUAAAAUGCGUUUAUUUUGAUUGAUUGGAAGUUGUAAUUGUCAGGUAUUAAAUGCCAGACAUGUAUACCCGUUUCACCAAUACUUGAAAGAAGCCUUUUUAGACGUUAUUAAAAAGCUCAGGAAAAACUGUUACUCAAUUUUAUUCUUUAGAGUCUAACGAAUAUUGAAGAGAAAGUCGAAAUCGGAUGAAAAGUGUGGUUCAUAUAGUAUUUCUAGGGUAAAAACGAAAAAUGAGAUGUUACCAUAAAAAGCGGGGCAAACUGGAUUGAGUUACACAUAUUUAUAGGUCCACUGAAAAAAAAUGAUUUUUGCCAAAUAUUCAUUUACUUGAGGGAAGCAUUAAUUUUUUCAAAAUUGAGUAUUUCUCCAAUCGAGUCAUUACUAGGCGAGCCGGAUUGUUUCAAUUAUAACAAUCAUGGUGCAUAUGACCUUAAAUGAACUCCUCUAAUAAUUAUUCAUUUUCCCUAAAUUUCUUAUUUUCUAGAGGAAAGAAUUUCAAUUAAUUUUUUAAUGUUGAU